CUUCUUCUUGCACUAGUACACCACUAUCUUAGUCUCUCUCACUUCUUAGUGCUCACUUCAAACCUCUUUGAUUCUCACGGUGAACUCAUUUCACGCCGACGUCGCCACAAUGCCGUUCUCCCACGGAGAGUAAAAGGCUUAUCCGAUUCAAAACACGGCCAUCUUUCCCAUAAAAAAACGACGGUCUUUAGCGAGACUGGGAGAGAGACUCUGCGGCCUCAUUUACUUGAGAAAUGAGGACAGCCAAAGAAGGUAAGAAAAGCCGGAACCGGAGUUCCCCAUCGUCGCCCUUCAGGGACAGGACAACAACCACCCUUUCCUCCCCUGGGAUUGAUCCAACCUCAACGGGGUCUAUCCCAAAUAAAUCCAGACUCACUCCCUCCACCUCUCUCCUAGACCGCGAACUCGUUACCGAAGACGCCACCACUCUGUUUGAAGACCUCCGAAUCUCCCCGGAAUCCAACCCUCGGAGCUUCCCCUAUAGUGUGAAGCAGCAGUGCUGGGACAAGUCCGAGAAGGUUCGAGGCCGAGACCCGGAUCGUUGGCGCCGAGACGCCAUCGGCAACAUCGUCUUUCGGAAGCUCGUGGGUUGCCCGGGAUGUCUCUGUCAUGAUUAUGACCACAUUUUGCCUUACUCUAAGGGAGGACAAAGCACACUUGAAAAUUGUCAGGUUUUGCAGGCAACUGUUAAUCGAUCAAAGGGAAAUAGGACUGGGAUGUCAAGAGCUGAUCUCAUUCAAAAAAGUUCUUAUUGCCGAGUUUCAGGUCGUGACAUGGAUCUUCUUGAACUUUCUGCCUAUGGCAACGUCCGCCGCGGUCAAGACUCUGGGGGAUGUAGAAUUCAAUAGAAAUGCAAGCGUUUUUGUGAAGUUAAUUCCUACCUGGAGUUGGAUAUGAGUACGUGUGCUAACCAUUAAUUCACCUGGAGCUUUAAGUUCAUGGCGCCAAAAAAAAAUUGAUUUUGUUCGGUUAGGUGUCUUAUAUAAAUGUACUCAAGCUACUCUAGCUGAACAGCAUCCUUGUUCACACCAAGUAAAAUGAUCAAAAUAUUGUGUAUUUUGACUGUGCUA